UAGACACCGGAUGGCAAAGAGUUGAUAAAAUGGAUUGUCUGCGAUAAAAAAUUGACACAGCUCAUAAAGGAAUCGAGUUACAUUUUUUAAAUUAAAAAAUAUAUUUGCAUAUGUAUAUCAAAGUUUCCUAGAAAAUAAGAAUUAUGCGGGUUAUUAAAUUUGUCGUCGUUAUCGCGUCUCUCAGCGUAGUAGUUGCCCGACCAUCCUUGAAGGACGGAAAACGUCUGAUUAAAACUAGUGAGACGGACGCAGGAUUCUGGCUGACAAAGGAUGAGAUUUUUAGUCUGAUCAAACAGGGAAUUAAUUUUGUUGAUGUGACUGAAAGCAAAUUUCCGAACGGCGUUAACACAACAAUUUCAGGGCAAGAAAUUCCGAGUAGCUUGAGGUAUCAAAACGUUGUUCACAAUGCUUUCGAAAAUAUCGAUAUUUUGAGAAUGCAAACUUUUGUCGACCGUUUCGACAACUUUCCCAACCGAUACUUCAAUAAUCAGAAUGGCGUCGAUGCGGCCGACUGGGUCGAAAGGAUGGUUAAGAUUGCGAUAACAGAUGGUGCAUACGGCGGAAAAGUAACGGUGGAAAAGUUCACUCACAGUUGGCCACAGAGUAGUAUUAUCGCAAGGAUUGAGGGUGCGGAUCCCGUAUUGAAGGAAGAGGUCGUCAUCUUUGGAGCGCAUUUUGACUCCAUCAAUUCAGCAGAUCCGGUUGAUGGUAUCGCGCCAGGGUCGGAUGACAACGGAAGCGGAAGUGUCACCCUAUUUGAAUCCCUGCGAGUAUUAAUCGAGUCUGGGAUCAUUCCUAAGAGAACGAUCGAGUUUCAAUGGUAUGCGGCUGAAGAGGUAGGACUACGAGGAUCCGGCGAUAUUGCGGAAGCAUAUUAUAUCCAAGGCGUCAAGGUUGUAGCAAUGGUGAAUUAUGACGUCGUUGGAUACCGCGCAGGCGCGACCCAGAUCGGUCUCCUUACGGACAACACGUCCCCAACGUUGACCGCCCUCCUCCGUCUCGUAAUCGAUAAGUAUUGUACAAUUCCGUGGAUUAACCAUCAGUGUGGGUACGGUUGUUCGGACCACGCCUCAUUCACCCGCCAUGGCUUUCCCGCCGCUUCUCCGUCAGAGUACCCCAUGAAUCCAAAUAUGCAUAAGGAAAUUGACACGGCGGAAAAAAUGAGUUUCGAACAACUCGCAGAAUUUGUGAAAUUAACGGUUGGAACAGCCGUAGAAAUUGCGGAGGUACAAGAAACAUAAAUUUGUCUAAAUGUUGUGCAGCGUCGAAUUAAAUAAGCGAUUUUAUAAAAUGAAACACUGAUUAAAAAAUAAAUCUUAAGUGAAAAAUACGAGUAAAA